AUGAGGAUAAAAGGCAGAGAGGCAGCAGAGGCAUCCUCAACACACCUGCUGAUCCUGAAACAGCUGCACUUCAUCUCCACCAUCACCAUGAAGUCACUCAGUGUGUCUAUCGCACUCUGCACCCUUCUGAGCCUGAGCCGAGCCAGCCCUGUCUUUUACACCACCAACAAGACAGAGAGCCUCUGCGAAAGCAUGUCUCAGCAAAGCAAUAUCGCUGUCGGAAGGUUCGUCCCGCAGUGCGACGACAAUGGGAACUUCCUUCCGCAGCAGUGCUGGGCGUCGACCGGGUACUGCUGGUGCGUCAAUGUCAUCACCGGAGUAGAGAUACCGAACACUAGGACACCACCGGGUAGCACACCUUUUACCUGUGGCCUCUGCAAGCGUGAGAGGAAGCACAGCUACAACACUAUCGGAGGGUUUGUCCCGAAGUGUGAUGGUAACGGGAAUUUUCUCCCGCAGCAGUGCUCAGGGUCGACCGGGUACUGCUGGUGCGUCAAUGUCUUCACUGGAGUGGAAAUACCGAACACCAGGACACCACCGGGGACCCCACCUGUUACCUGUGGCCUCUGCCAGCAUGAGAGGGAGCACAGCAAAAUGAUUAUUGGAAGAUUCGUCCCGAAGUGUGAUGAUAACGAGAAUUUCCUCCCGCAGCAGUGCUCAGGGUCGACCGGGUACUGCUGGUGCGUCAAUGUCUUUACUGGAGUGGAAAUACCGAACACUAGGACACCACCUGGGAUCCCACCUGUAAACUGUGCUGUUCAGCUCAGUGGAGGUGAUGAAGAGAGACAUGAUGGUGACGAUGACCACAGUCAUGUUGAUGAGGAUGGAGAGAAGGACGACGAGGAGGAACACCGAGGAGAAAGAGAAGAAGAGCCCUGCGCCGAGGGCUGGUCACGCUUUGGAAGACGGUGUUUCGUCUUCAUCAACAGCCGGAAGACGUGGCUUGAAGCUGAGAGUUACUGCCUGUUUGAAGACGCCAACCUGGCAUCAAUCCACAGCUAUGAGGAGAAUCACUUCAUCCAAUCUUUGACCAGAGCAGAUUCUUUCGUCUUCCCUGAAACCUGGAUUGGUGGCUUUGAUGCCAUACACGACUCUCAUUGGUUGUGGAGUGACGGUUCCAAGUUUAACUACCAAGACUGGAACAAGGAGGAUAAAGAGGAGGAAAAUGAACACUGUCUCAAGAUGAAUGACGGAUAUGAGUUGAAGUGGGAACCUGAGUCUUGCAAUGAUACUCUCCCUUUUGUUUGUGCCAAGAAGAUCUGAACCCAGACUUGACAGUCAAAAACAUCUGACAAAGUCCUCAGUCCUACACACGCUGGAUCCAACAGUUCUCUCCCUGCUUUCUUUCCUUGACUUUGUUACAUAUUAUACAAGCAUUGCUUUUAGAGUUUUGUUUUGUUUGCAAAGAUAUGUCAAUCCUAGAUAUGCUUCAAGUCUAGUCAAUCCACCUGCAACGAAUUGUUCCAGAUCUUUCCAUCUUUCACUCUGAUUCUGGGCCAACCAGUCUUGUGCCACUUGUGUCAUAUCUGGGUCAGCAUAUUAUCUCUUCUUCCACUAUGCUGCAAGAAUUUGAAUUCUAAUAUCAAUAAAACAAUCCACAUCUGA